CUAUCAUUUACGUCAACACUGCAGUGGACUUUAGUUCCUACAGGUAAUGACUCUUUCCCUGAACAGCAGAAACGUGUGUAGACAUGGCAAAAUUCUUAUCACAAACUCAGAUUGAUGAGUUCAAAGAAUGUUUCUCGCUUUAUGACAAGAAGCGAAAGGGGAAGAUUGAAGCCAAAGACCUUAUUACUGUCAUGCGCUGUCUGGGUACAAGUCCCACAUAUAAUGAAGUGGACAGACAUCUGCAAAUCCACAAAAUAGAUAAGACCGGGGAGUUGGAUUUUUCUACAUUUCUAACCAUGAUGCACAGACAGAUGCAACAGGAAGAUCCUAAGACUGAAAUUCUGGAGGCUGUGCGCAUGACGGACAAACAUAAGAAGGGCUACAUCCUGGAUUCUGAGCUACGGGCCAAACUCACAGGCUUGGGAGAAAAGCUCACUGAUAAAGAAGUGGAUGAGCUUUUUAAAGAGGCUAAUGUCGGCCCUGAUGGACUUAUUUAUUAUGAGGAGUUCACCAGAAUGAUCACACUUCCUACAAUUGACUACUGAUGAAGAACAAAGGCUUGGACUCUUACCCUACAGAAUGCAAUUAUUUACUAGCAAGAAUUACAUAUUUUUGUUCUGUUUAUACAUUGUAUAAAAAAAUAACAAUUAAUUAAAUGUUACAAUAAAGGACUCAUAUUUGGAUAUAAUGUACAGCUUGAUUCAAGUAUUCACCACUAGAUGGCAAUCAUGAAGUAAUCUGAA